GUAAGCCCAAGACCAUGCCAUGACCCCGCGAGUGGAAGAGAUUUAUUAAGACCCGAUUUUAGGAAUUAGGAACGAAGCGAAGCGACAAUGACAAGCGCCGGGAAAAAAUCUCGAGAGACAUCAAUGGCGCCUUCUUCCUCGAGCGGCCUCACCUUCAAGCUGCAUCCUCUGGUGAUGCUUAACAUAUCGGACCACUUCACUAGGGUUAAGACUCAGCUUAAUCCUCCAGCCUCUUCCUGCGCGGCCGGGAAUGGCCACAGCAGCGGCGACGCGAUGCUCCUGCAGAACCCUAGGGUUUAUGGCUGUGUGAUCGGUGCCCAAAGAGGUCGAACGGUUGAGAUCUUCAAUAGUUUCGAGCUUGUGUUCGAUCCCACGGCUGACACGCUUGACAGAUCCUUCCUCGAGAAGAAGCAAGAGCUCUAUAAGAAGGUGUUUCCUGACUUCUACGUAUUGGGAUGGUACUCUACGGGAAGCGACGCUAAUGAAUCUGAUAUGCAUAUCCACAAAUCUCUGAUGGACAUUAAUGAAUCUCCUGUUUACGUCCUUCUCAAUCCGGCCAUUAAUCACGCACAGAAGGAUCUCCCAGUGACUAUCUAUGAAAGUGAAUUCCAUGUCAUCGAUGGGAUUCCUCAGCCAAUUUUCGUGCACACAAGCUACACAAUUGAGACAGUGGAAGCUGAGAGAAUAUCGGUCGAUCAUGUUGCACACCUUAAGCCAUCCGAUGGAGGCUCAGCAGCGACCCAAUUGGCUGCUCAUCUUACUGGCAUACACAGUGCCAUCAAGAUGCUGAAUAGCAGAAUCAGAGUGCUUUAUCAAUACCUUGUCGCAAUGCAGAAAGGUGAUAUUCCUUGCGAGAACUCACUUCUGAGGCAAGUAUCUAGUCUGCUCAGAAGCUUGCCUGCCGCACAAUCAGAAAAGUUUCGGGAUGAUUUCUUGAUGGAGUACAACGACAAAUUGCUGAUGUCUUACCUAGCAAUGGUCACAAAUUGUACCAGCAACAUGAACGAGGUGGUUGACAAAUUCAGCACUGCAUAUGAGAAAAGCAGUCGAAGAGGCGGUAGGACUGCAUUCAUGUAAAGAUCAGCUUCAGCGUAAAACUCAGGGCUUUUCACUUUUUGGAACCAAACAGCUAAUGUAGUUCCUUCUUUUGCUAAAAGAUUUCUGUAGACGAGACUUUAACGAACAAACCAGCUUCUACCUUUUCUUCAAUUUUGAGAACCAUUUAUUCAAAAUACGAACAACCCAGUGAACAAAGAGAUUGUGUUUCAUAUUUGUGGUAACCUACUCAUUAUAUCUCUGUAUAUCAAUGAGCUCGUCGACAUUCCAAGUCCCUGCUGUGACCCUGGUUCCACCUUCGGCUCUGCUGCCAACUGUAAC